GAAGUUAUUUGGAACCGUCAACAAUGUGGUUUAUAGGAAUUUUAAUAGCCAUAUUUUUAAACGUUCUUGUGGUUGAGAAUAGAAUGCUACCAAUAUACUAUGAACCCGAAGCACCGGUAACGGAGAAUGUUAUGACUGGCGCGGACAUCCACGACGAUGAAGGUUCAAAUGAAAAACUAAUACUGACAACAGUUACGCGUAGAAAUAACGAUGACAUCAGACUUAAUAUAAAUGAAGAAAUCAAUGAGAAAUAUAAGAAGCCAUGUGCUAUUGUAGUGUUAUCGAAUGUUCAAAACCCGACUAUGCAGUCUUUGCUUCGAAAAUAUAGAUAUGACUCAAAUGGUAUCCUAAUACCGGAUAGUGUUAAAUAUUUCAUCAAAUUACCCCAAGGUUUAAAGUCACCGUCUGUUCUGGUGCCACUAAAUGACAAAGCGUUUUCACCUUUGGGAGGUUUUGUGAGAUAUUAUAAAGAGGUACCACCCAUUCCACACGCAUGGUAAUAUUAAAUUAUGUUAAAAAAAUAAAAUCAUAUAACAAAUGUCGAACGCAUCUAAUCUAAAGUAUAUAAUAAAAACUCAUGUGGUUGCAUAUAAACUGCUAUUGUAAACAAAUAGUCUCAGCUCCAGUUACAAAUAUGUACAUGCUAAAAGGAAAUAUGUAUUUUUGUAAUAUGAUAACAAGCCAAAUCAAUUGCCAGAUGGUUUUGCCAAGAAUCCUGAUGCGUAUGUGAGGAAGUCAUACAAUAACUGCACCUGAUUGAACAUGUUAACGAAUUACAACUUGUGUUUUGAACCCGUCUGUAUGGGUCACUGUAGAA